AUGUUAUCUCUCUUCAAAUAUUCUGCGGUCCUGCAGACCACCAAGGCGUGUGAGCGCUGUCACAGAUUGAAGAGAGAGAAGAAGAAGAUGUUCAAGCAAGGAGAGACAGAUCACAAGACACAUUAUGAUGCCUUGAAGAGACUCUGCAAGAGACAGGAGCUGGCAGAGAAGGAGGGAAUUGAGGCCUUGUUCAGGUCUCAAAUGCACUCCAUGAUUCAGGACAUUGAGAAGGCAGCCCUGCUCUCUGAGCAUGCCAAUCUGCUUGCUGCUGGGGUGGAACCCGAGGCAGUAGACCAGGAAAUGCGGGAUUUUGAGAUGCAGGUUGACCUGGCUGAGGAAGAGCAGCAGGAACCCUCCUCUGAGAAGGCAGUGAAGAGAGAUUUUGAGAUGAUUAUCAUCUCAGAUGAGGAGAAGAAGAAGGAGAAGAAGAAUGAGAAGUGA